AUGUUCGGGCAGCCCUGCGCGCCGGCAUCUAGCAUGCGCCGCCUGUGCCUGAUGAUCUUGGCGACCGCGCAGUGUCACAGGGUGGCGGUCCUCACGACCAGCGACUGCCGGUCGGCGUCGCCCGUCACGCACCACGAGUUCGGCACGCAGCUCGCGGCGAGCCUCGUCGUGCUCUUACGCAUGCGUGAGCUGUUUCCGGGCUGGGACGCCUUUCUCGCCACGCGCCCGUCGAAGUGGAACGGCAGCCCCGGGUCGAACGCGGCGAAGGACGCCAGCUGCCGCGAGGUCUGGGACGACCUCUCGGGGCUCUACCGCGAGCGUUUCGGCGCGGAGCUCCGCCUCGUGAACUACGACCAUCGCGAUUUCGCGAUGUUGGACGUCGUCCGUUGUGUGGAAACCGGAGGACGAGAGAGUACCCCUCGCCGGCCUCCACGCCAUCGAGCAGACGCAGUUACAAGGGCAACGCCUCGCGCCGGGGGCGUGGGGGCUGACACUCGAACUCGGAUUUGAUUUCCGCACAGGUCGUCAGCCGCAUCCCGGGCAAGGAGACCGACCACAGCCGCGGCCACUGGCCCUCCGAGGCAUUCGUGCACCUCGUCAUCGGCGCCCGCAUGCUGGAGGAGUACGGCUACUCCCACACGGUCUACGUCGACGCGGACGCGUGGCCGCUCGACGACGCGCUCCGCUUCGAGGUCCCGCGCGUCGAUGGCAUUGGGUGCGUCGCGGCCCUGCCCGCACAGUGCCUCGAGGUGCGCCGAUCCCCGCGCCGCCGCGCCGCCUCGGGGAAGGAGCCCCCUCUCCCGCCGCGCAGGUCGAGCUGCCGCGGGGAGUCUCCUCGGCGGCGAGCCGCGCGGCGAAGGAGCGCGCGGACGAGUAUCGCCUCGUGACGGACCCGGCGCUCCGCGCGGGCGUCGCGGAAGCGGCCGCGCGGCUCGGCCACGGCUACCGGGUGGUCAACGGGACCAACUCGGGCGUCGUCGUCUACAACAACGAGUUCUUGAAACACGCGCGCUGGGCCGAUUGGAUGCACGCACUGGUAAACGUGUCGCGACGAGGCUUCUACGGCGACCAGACCGCGCUGACCGUGGCGCUCGGCCGCGCGGACGUGCCCGUACGGUGGCUUCACCCGCGGUUCAACGUCAUGGUCACGUUACCGUACUCGUACGUGCUCAGUUCGUGCGGCGAGGACGCGCUCUACGCGGGUCGCGCGGCGCGCGCGGCGGGCGCGGCGCCCGUGUCGAUCGCGCACUUUACCUGGGGCCCCAAGCCCUGGAUGAAGGCGCUCGACGCGUGGCGCGCGACGCACCGUCUCAAGACCAACGCUGUCCAGAACGACGGUCCGCUCGCCAACGACUACCGCGCGUGGGUGCGCGAAACGCUCGGCGCGCGGCGCGUCGCGCGCUUCUUCUCCGACGACGCGAUGGCACCGCUGCCGAACGCGACGGCGCCCGGGAGCGCGCGUCUCGACCCCCGACCGUUCCGCCGGUGCGGGGCGCUGACCGCGGGCGGCGCGGGGCCCUGCCAUGGCGGCAUGUCGUCCGUCCGGUGAGAUGAGAUGGCCCAGGGUGCAACUUACGCGGAAAGGACGCCGCGCAGUAGUUGUAAGAUGCGUGGUUUAGUCAA